AUGGCGAGCUCCUUCGAGAAGAGUGUGAAGGGCGGGACCAAGAUCAAGCUCGCAGCGCCCAAAUCCAAGUAUGUCGAGCAUAUCCUAGUAGCGACGCAUGCCGGCGAGGCAGGCGUCGCCGAGAUCUUUCGCGCCCUCACGAACCGCCUGCGCGACUCGACAUGGACCAUUGUAUUCAAGAGCUUGAUCAUUGUCCAUCUCAUGAUACGAGAGGGCGAGCCGGAAGUGACAUUGAAGUAUCUGGCGCAGAAUCCGCAGAGAAAGUUGGCAAUUAAUCAUUUCACAGAGGUACAAACCCAAGGCCACAAUAUACGGACAUACGCCGAAUACCUACUACGACGAGCGAUAGAAUAUGGUGCGACCAGAGUGGACUACGUACGCGGCGGCGAGGGUCGACUGAAGCGAUUGACUGUCGACAAGGGCCUCCUGCGAGAGGCGGAGAGUGUCCAGGACCAGAUCAGAUCCCUUCUGAAAUGCCAGCCGUUCGACGAUGAGCCGGAAAACGAGAUCACAUUGACUGCUUUCCGGUUGCUGACCAUGGACCUGCUGGUGCUCUUCCACGUUAUGAACGAGGGCACCAUCAAUAUCCUGGAGCAUUACUUCGAACUGUCAAAACCGGAUGCGACACGCGCCCUUGCCGUAUAUCGCACCUUUGUGAAGCAAACCGAGGCGGUUGUGUCAUAUCUCAGCCUCGCCCGCUCACAUGAGCAUUCGACCAGAUUAGAGAUUCCGAAGAUCAAACAUGCGCCGACUAGUCUGGCGGCUUCACUAGAGGAGUAUCUCAACGAUAAAGACUUCGAGGUCAAUCGGCGGCAAUACCUUGCGGAGAAAGAAGCAAAGAAACACGGGGGCAAGCCCACCAAUGGAGCCAGUAAAACCCAGGAGCCAAAGGCUGUGACAGUAAACACACCUAGUAGUCAGCCAUCAGCAGCACCGCAGCUGGCAGCACCGCCAUCGAAACCCGCUACAAGCGCACCGCUGAUCGAUUUGUUCGCAUCACUGGAAAACAACCAACAGACCAUGGCCACGCAGCCGAUGAUGCAGCAAUAUCCGCAACAGACUGGCUUUCAGCAGCAAAGUUUUCAGAUGCCCCAGCAGACGGCAAACAUGGGCUUUCCUCAGCAGCAGCAACCCUUCAUUGCACAGAACGGACAGGGCACAAAUCCGUUCCAAAUGCAACAGCAGCCACAAAUGCAGCAACAAAUGCAGCCGCCGCAGAUGCAACCACAGUUUACAGGUGCUGGCUUUGGCGGCUAUACACCGCAGCACGCAUUCAGUCCUCAAAGUGGGCUAGCUCCCAUACCGCAGAACGGCGUGCCCGACUUCUCACAACAGCAAAUGCAGCUGCCCACUAUCGCCGAGCCGUUACAACCGCAGCAAACGUCGACCAACCCGUUCCGACAGUCCAUGUUACCCAGUGCAGCUGGCAUGGCUGAACCCAAACUUCUCAACAACCCUACUGGUGCAAGCUCGCUCAACCGCUCUGCAACGAAUCCAUUCGCAAAGCACACCACCGGCUUUCAGCAGCAGUCACAAUCACCUACCGGCUCGUUACCUUACUCGGCGUCUCCGGUUCAAUCGUCACUCUUCACGCCCAUGCAACAACAGCAACAACCCUUACAGCCACUACAGCCAGCGCCAACCGGGACAAAUCCGUUUGCGAGACAACCAUCACCCCAGAACGCUACGUCUCCACAGGGUGGCCUCACGGUCCACGCAACUGGGAGCACCAAUCCCUUCCGCCAAAGCGCUUUUGUAAACCAGCAAACGGGGCAGGGCUGGCAGAGUGCAGGUGGCCCAGGCACAUUGGGCGGAAUGAGCUUGGAUCAGGUCCCUACGACUAAUGUAUUUCCACGACCGGGACAGCAGCAACAGCAAAACUUCCUUGGGUAG